AUGUUCUCUCUACAAGACGCCAUCUAUCUGAUUGAACUGGCAUUAUACUGCCCAAUCAUCCCCGCCAUCAUCUUCAUUCUCAUCAUCCACGGCGGCAAGAAACCAUACUCAUGGCGUCCCAUCGUCAUUCCUCUCUUCAUCAUCGCUGGUCUCCGUAUCGCCGGUGCUUCCAUGGGCCUGACUGCCAUUAAUCCUGACAAGUCUAGUCUUCUCUCGACUGCUACUCUGCUGGAGACAAUUGGACUUGCUCCUGUUCUCUGUUUACUUAUCGGUCUUCUCAUUCGAGCAAACGCUCCCAUCUACCGCGGCCUCCCCAUAUUCGCCUUCCUCCCUCUCCAACUCCUCACCAUCGCCGCCACAGCCAUGACAGCCUACGGCGGUCGCGACCUGUACUCCAACCGCGACCACCAAACCAAAGACCUGCAGCUCAUGCGCGCCGGCAUCGUUCUCUUCAUCUCCGCCUUCAUCAUCACCGUCACCCUGGGCGGGGUGACUCUCAUGAAAGUGCGGGAAAAGUGCUACCGCACCGAACGCACCUCUACCGUCUGCGCCAUCCUCUGUGUGCCCUUCAUGGCUGUCCGCCUGGCCUACUCUGCCGGCUCGCUGUUCUCGGGUGAGGGCUCUGUGUUGAGUAUGCUUGGCACGAGCGAUACGGAUAUCUGGGUGAACUUUUUGAUGGUGAUUGUGAUGGAGUAUGUGGUGACGCUUUCGGCGACGGCGGUGGCAUUGACGGCGAGGAGGGUGGUUGUUAUGGAGGUUAAGAAAGAUCCGUUGGAGGAUGAGGCUUGA